AAGAGUUACUCCAAAUUCUACACUCAGUAGGACGUCUGUUUGUAAAAAAUAUACUAUUGGGAACCAAUUAUUGUCUGUGCUUGGUUGGCGUUAUUGUGUAUAGUGAAGUUGGAUAUCAGACAUCUUGAAACUUAAAACUUCUGGUGCAUUAUUCAGUUUCUGUGGCAAUUGUCCCUCUGGUGGAAAUUUGAACAAUGAAGUGCAUUGAAAAGUGGAUAAGCUAUCGAUUUGGCUCCAGAAGUAAUCAAGGCUGAAAUAAAAAAAAAGAUGGGUAUUCAAAGUGAAAUAAAAUUUUUUAAUAAAGAUAAAGACUUCACUGAAAUUGAAGAAGAUUUUUUGGAAUUUUUCCGCAAAUCCAAAGAAGAACCUUAUUUGAGGAUAUUUUCAAAUUCUGAUCCGAUUUCCGAGACCUUAACUCCUUUGGACAUAUUGUCAGAUUCCACUUUUAAGGCAAUAUGUGAUACUGAUAUAUUUGAUAGAACUAAUAGCUCUACAUCUACGUUAUCAAUUAGCUACAGAAUGGAAAAUAUUUCAGAUGUAGAUGAUCUACAAACACAAAUUAUUCGUGGCGGAGGGCAGUACAUAAUAGACGAGUACCAGAAGAAUAAACUGUUGACUGACAGAAGCAGAAACAUAGCUGCAAAUGUGCAUUAUGAAAAAUAUGGGAGUGCAGUACCCAAGAGCGCAAAAAUGGAGUGCGCAAAAAAAUUAGUUGAAAUUUUCCCAGUGUACACAAAUUCGGAAAGUUCUACAGGGGAUUACGAAAUUUUUUUCAACCCUAGCACAAAUGGAGGGUAUCCUGAAAAUCGACUGACAACUUUAAAUAGAAUAAGUAAAAUAGACAGAAACAAUGCUCCUGCCAACCACCUUCACGACCAGAAUGUUUCGAUAACAACAGAGGAAAUGAAUCUUACUGAAGAACUCAAAAAUCUGUUUUUAUUUAAUAAUAUUCUUAAGUUUGAAUUAUUGAUAUUUUGGUAUCAGACCAACUGUCAACAAAAAUCAUGCCAAAACACUGGUGCUAGUAUGCAAUCAAAAUAA